AUGGACCUCAUACAUAAGGAGCACCAACGGCUCUUCAAGCGGGUCCAGAGCUUGAAGAGCAUUGACGAUGUGCAAGCUACAAUUAAUUUACUGCAAGAGGCACGAAAUUCUAUAGAAAGAGAUCCAAACUCGGCCUCGAUAACGCUUGCGAAGUUACAAAACCCCGUCAAAACCUCUUUUGAUACUACAAACGAAAGCUUAAAAGAAACAUAUUCUGCCCUCAAUAGGUAUGGUAGGGCUUUGGACAAACUAUUUAAAGACAAACCACUUCCAAGCACCGAUUAUGAGGCCUUAUCUUUGGAGCCGGCUCUAGUUGAUAGAGCAAUUGCAAUGCAUUUAUUGCGCGAAGGCCAAUUCUCUACAGCGUCGACGUUUGCCUCAGAAGCCUCGGGAAACCCUCAUCCCACAGUUCCCGGAGCUGGCACCCAAGAUUCGACCCAGCGCCACAUUGUAUCUCAACAACUCAAAGAAUUGCAAUCGGGUGAUUUGCGCAAUCAGUUUAUUUUGAUGUAUAGCAUAAUGCAUGAGCUUAGGGAUAAACAAAACUUGUUGCCUGCGAUCGAUUGGGCUCGAAAACAUCGCCUAAGACUGGAAGCAAGGGGCAGCAAUCUCGAGUUCGAACUAUGUCGGCUACAGUUUGUUUGGCUAUUCCAUGGAGGAGGAAAACCCUGUCCAACGAUGGUUGCUGGGAGAGCGGCCGCACUCGAGUAUGCAAGAAAAGAAUUCCAUCAUUUUCAUACAAGACAUCUCCGUGAGGUCGAACAAUUGAUGGGUGCAAUGGCAUUUUGCCCAAAUCUUGAACAAUCCCCUUAUAGAGAUACUUUUAGUAACCCGUGGGCCUGGGCCGACGUCGCCACGACUUUUACUCGCGAAUUCUGUGCUUUACUUGGAUUAUCUUCAGACUCGCCUAUAUAUAUUGCGGCUACUGCUGGUGCGAUUGCUCUUCCAACUUUGCUGAAACUACAGUCAAUUAUGAAAGAGAAGCGCACUGAGUGGACAAGCCAAAACGAAUUACCUGUCGAAAUCCCCCUUCCACCAUCAUACCUCUUUCACUCUAUCUUUGUUUGCCCCGUAUCCAAGGAACAGACGACUGACGAUAACCCACCCAUGAUGAUGCCAUGUGGGCAUGUUGUUGCCCAAGAAUCUUUAAUGAAAUUGAGCAAAAGCGCCAAAUUUAAAUGUCCCUAUUGCCCUGGCGAGAGCAGUGCAUCUGAUGCGACAAAACUUAUUUUAUAA